CACGGGGAUUAACGGAUGUGCCCCGGGUGCUCUAAUACUACAACCAAACACAAAUCGGUGCCUACCUGCCCAUCAUCAUCCGGUUCACUCAUUUCUACAGUUUCACCACACCAGAAUCACACUGAACCUGCAUCACCCAACAUGAAUAACUCCGGGAGUCCCCAAGAGACGGUUCCUCCAGUUGAGGGGGUUGCAGGGGGCGGGACAGCAUAUGGAUGGGAUGACGGUAGCUUACAGGAUCAAAGUUUACUAAGAGGGACAAUCGACCCUUCUAGGGUUCCAUCUUCUGAACUAGUGCACGUGUGGUGCAUGCCUAGCACUGCAAAUGUCGGACCUCAAGAAACACCUAGACCACUGGAGCCCGUAUCUCUUUUAGCCGGAAGAAACGAGAGGGAAAGCAUACAAAUCGCUAUACGUCCUAAAGUUUCUUGGAGUGGAUCCAGUAAUGCCGGGGUUGUGCAAAUUCAGUGUACUGAUCUCUGUUCAACUUCUGGUGACAGGUUGGUCAUUGGUCAAUCAGUUACAUUAAGACGUGUGGUCCCCAUCUUGGGUGUUCCAGAUGCACUUGUACCAAUUGAUAUGCCAGUCUCACAGAUAAAUCUACUUCCAGGAGAAACUACUGCCAUUUGGGUUUCUAUUGAUGUUCCAAGUACACAGCCCCCAGGACAAUAUGAUGGAGAAUUUAUUGUUACGGCUACGAAAACCGAUGCAGAAUGUGCAGCACAAUUUCAUGAUAAGUCUGAAAAAUAUCAAGUAUAUAGGGAACUCAGAAAUUGUCUUGAUGUCAUUGAGCAAAUCGACGGGAAACCAGUUGAAGAAGUGGUAGAAAGAGCGAAAUCUGCAACUACAACUUUACGAAGAGUUCUUCUUUCGCCUUCUUUUUCUGAUUUCUUUUCAGAAAACGGGCCACUAGAUAUGAUGGAUGAAGAUGCAAACCUUUCUAUACGUGUGAAGCUAAGUUUGACUGUAUGGGACUUUGUUCUCCCAACAACACCUUCACUUCCAGCUGUCAUUGGUAUAUCUGAUACUGUAAUCGAAGAUCGAUUUGGUGUUGAACAUGGAACUGCCGAAUGGUACGAUGCUCUAGAACUACAUUUUAAGUGGCUGCUUCAAUAUAAAAUCAGUCCAUAUUUCUGCAAAUGGGGUAACAGCAUGCGUGUUUUGACUUACACUUCUCCAUGGCCUGCGGACCAUCCGAAAUCAGAUGAAUUUUUCUCAGACCCUCGCCUUGCAGCUUAUGCUGUUCCAUAUAGUCCUGUAGUCCCUUGUGGUGAUUUAGCAAAGGAUUACCUGCAGAAGGAAGUUGAGAUCUUGAGAUCAAAAGGCCAUUGGAAGAAAGCCUACUUUUACCUGUGGGAUGAGCCAUUGAAUAUGCAACAGUACGAUGCUAUCCGCCGCCAGGCUAGUGAUAUUCAUGCCUAUGCACCCGAUGCCCGUGUAUUGACUACAUACUACUCCGGUCCAAGUGAUGCACCUCUUGCACCAAAUAAUUUUGAGGCUUUUCUCAAAGUACCAGGGUUCCUUCGCCCUCAUACACAAAUAUAUUGUACAAGUGAAUGGGUGAUUGGUAACCGUGAGGACUUGGUGAAGGAUAUAAUUGCAGAGAUAAAACCUGAAAAUAAUGAGGAAUGGUGGACAUAUGUUUGCAUGGGACCAUCGGAUCCUCACCCUAACUGGCACCUGGGUAUGCGGGGCACACAACACCGUGCAGUGAUGUGGCGCGUAUGGAAAGAAGGUGGCACUGGCUUUCUUUAUUGGGGUGCCAACUGCUACGAGAAGGCUACUGUUGCUAGUGCAGAGAUAAAAUUCAGGCGGGGGCUUCCCCCAGGUGAUGGUGUAUUGUUUUACCCUGGUGAAGUUUUCUCAUCCUCGCGUGAACCAGUGGCUUCUCUUAGGCUAGAGCGUCUUUUGAGUGGCUUGCAGGACAUCGAGUACCUAAAGCUCUACAGCUCUAGAUACGGUAGGGAUGAAGGGCUCGCGAUUCUAGAAAAAACCGGUAUGUACUUAGGCCCAGAGCGUUACACUAUGGACCACAACCCGAUAGACAUGAUGCGGGGUGAGAUUUUCAGAACAUGUCGGCCCUAGAACGUAGGUUUUCUUUUGGUGUAGUGAUGAAACUGUGUAGUCGUAUAAAUGUUGAGUUACAACAUAGUUUCACAGUUUAGGCAGUGGUCAUGUUUUUGCUUUGUGGCAUGACACAUUCCAAAUGCUAUUGUUAUAUCAUUCUGGUACUUGUAGUGGUUCAUAAAUGCAUGUUUUGUUGUAUGCAACGUUUUAGUAAAGUAUUCAAUUACCAUUUAA